UUUUAAUAUUUUAAUCCCUAUCUCCGUCCCCAAAACCCAAACGAAAUUGGUAACAGCCCGAGCCCAGACACAAUAUUUGUUGCUCCAAUUGCAAUGGCGAUGCAAAUAAAUCCAAAAUUUUCGAUGCUAACGGCAAAUUCUUCCGUCAAUCAUCGGAUUGCAACCGGAAUUCCUCAAAUCAGCCUCAAAAGCAAGCCGUCGUUAGGUCUUGAAUUGGGAAAGCGGCGUGCCGGAAUAUUCUCCGUUAGGUGCUCGGAGAAAGCAGCUCAAACAACACUGAGGACGUGCAAGAAUUGCAAGACUCAGUUCGAUCCUCUUCUCAACCACCCCCGUGCUUGCCGUUACCACACUGCCCAUUUUGGCGGAGAAACAAAGAGGAAGUUUGAGAGUGUAUACACUGGAGGCACCAUGAAUACCCCCAACUCUGGUAAAAUUCUCGAAUAUUGGCAUUGUUGUGGAUCUGAAGAUUCCUUUGACCCAGGAUGUACAGCUGCACCUCAUGCUUCUUACGACGAUUGAUGCAUUCGUUUAGCAAAUAGAACCAGAUCUAUGUUCUGAGUUACAUACUUCAGGCUCUUGGGGCAUUUCUAAAUUUAAACUUCCUUUUGAGCUCUGUAACUCUUUGUACAUUUCCCUUGCUUCUAGAUGUAUAUUAUGUGGCUUAAUUUUGGUAACUCCUUAGAAAUUUUACUCUG